CGUGACGUCACGCGCGAGGCUCGGCGUUCCUCCUUGUCCGUCCGGUUCCCGCGGGGAUCGCCGAAUAAUCGCUAUCACGCACCCGCCCCGCCGGGCGGAAGGGUUCUCGGAUAACCUUCCCAGAUGAGAUGCAACCCUGUCCUAAAACUCGGUCUGGCCUGAGUUUCCCAGAGCCAUUGGGUGACAGUUGAGUGUAAGUUCACUGCUCCGAUGGCCCUGCCACCUCCGGAUCCACAGUUUGUGCUCAGAGGUACCGGUGCUGCAGUCCACACUCUGCAUUUUUCCUGUGGAGGCCCAGAACCUGAUAUCCCCCUUCUUUUCUCUGGGUCUGAGAAUGGGCUUAUCCACGUCUGGAACCUGAAAACACACAGAGUGGACACAGCAUUGGAUGGCCAUGGAAGAAAAUCUGUGUACUGCGUGGAGACAAUGGGUGGUAAAGAAAGGCUUCUCAGUCAGGGGCGCGACCAGAGGAUCUGCUUGUGGGAUUUAGCAGAGGGACGGACUUCAGUGACGGAUUCUGUCUUCACGGAGCAUGUGGGAUUCUGCAGAUGCUCUCUGUUAAAGGUGGCACAGGGACGCUGGCUAAUGGCCAUGGCAGCCAGAAGCCUGGAGGAGGUUCAGAUUUUGGAGCUGCCAUCCAAGACAUCAGUCUGUACCUUGAAGCCAGAGGUGGGUGCCAAGCUGGGCAUGCCCAUGUGUCUGAAGUUAUGGCAGCUCAGCUGCGGUUCACAACCUGUGCUUCUGGCUGGCUAUGAAGAUGGAUCAGUUGUCCUCUGGAAUGUGUCAAUGGGAAAAGUGUUGAGCCAACUCAUUUGCCACCAGGAGCCAGUGAUGAGCCUUGACUUUGACUCGGAGAAGGCCAAGGGGAUCUCGGGCUCAUCUGAAAAGGUGCUUAGCAUCUGGAGCCUCAAUGAGCAACAGAACCUCCAGGUUUACAAAACACAUGAACUUGUCAACGCUGGCAUAUCUGAUAUCACCAUCCGUCCAGACAAGAAGAUUUUGGCAACAGCAGGGUGGGAUCAUCGCAUCAGGAUCUUUGGCUGGAAAAAGCUGAAGCCCUUAGCAGUGCUGGACUAUCACACAGCAACUGUCCACUGUGUGUCCUUCUCAGAUCACAGCAAACCCCAGGAGAGACUGCUGGCAGCUGGCUCCAAAGAUCAGCGCAUCAGUGUCUGGUCCAUAUAUGCUCAGACGUGACACAUCCUGCACUGCCAUGGAUUAGGAAAACGGGACAGGUGAAGCAAUUGCUAGCACUGUAAUUCAAAUGUGCACGUGGGGAAGUGGUAGAAUCUGCCUCCAGGCUGAAGUGAGAGUCCUAGAUUAAUUCUUAGGCUGCUUGGUUAAGCUAUAAGUUUUGUCUUCCAUAGAGGAAAGUGGAUUUUUAAUUCAUAACAAGCAGAACAAGGCCAGUCACAAAGACCAAAGUUGCUUUGAGUUCUGCUAUGGGUUUUGUAACACCUUUCCUUUGGCAGGUUGCUGACAUAACUUGUGCCAAUACCUUUUGUAAAAAAGGACCGGAAUCGCUCAAACUGCAGUGGAGGCAGAAUAUGUCUGUUUGUAAGUCAUUUAUGUAUCCAAGAAUCCAAGUCAGUGUAAAACAUCACUCUUUCUUGAAGAUUUAUACCCAUUAAACCACCUCCAGUGGUUUCUCAUUGUCAGUUACUUUUUCUUCCCCGUAACUGAAGGGCUAUCAGAACACCCUUGAUUUGUUCACACUUCUGUCAGUUUCUAACUUAAACCAACAGCCAGGAAUGUGACUAGGGAUGGCCUUCGGCAUUUAUGAAUUUCAUUAUGUCUCCUGUCACCUCAAGCCUCACAAUUAAUCACAAGAAAGAAAGGGAAAAAAAUCUUCCCCAGCAUUGCAGUGCAAAGCUAUGUAAAGCCUUUUACAGAGCCAGUGCUAAAUCCUUUCCACAGACUGAUGAGCUGAAGGAUUUAAACUCAGCAAUCCAAUUAGCGCCCUUCUCCUUGGAGAGUUAGGGGUAAGUUUCAGCGUGGCAAGUCUGGGAUUCAGCUGCACAACUCCCAUUAACAUUUAGGGGAAUUGCAUGGGUAAAUCCUUAUCCACACAGUGCAAAUGGUUCCAUUAACUUGUCAUCUCUACAGUCAUGGAAGCUGAAAUUCAUUCAUGAAGGUUUAUUUUGUUUGACUCACAAAGCAGCAUUUGCAUUCUUCUAAAGCUUAUUAGACACACACCAGAGUGCUGAGAGCCAGGGUACUGCUGGAUCUGGUCACAAAGCUGCAGUGACAACUGUGUCCAGGCUGUGCACUGUUGAUACUUUAUUGGAAAUAAUUGUUUUCUGUUCUGUAGAGAGGUAAAAAUCAAAAUAAAGGUGGCCAAAAGUGAACAGCAACAUGUAAGACUUUAGAAAUUAUUUCAGGAAAAACACACAUGCAAAUUAAGGUCUGGGUUUGUUACCCAGCUGUGCCUUGCAGACAGAGAAUACUGCUGGACUGAAAGCCUUAAGCAUCCAGCCUGAUGUUCUUUACACUAAAACACAGAACCAGGAUACUGUUGCCAGGCUUUUCUAAAUAAAAUGUGGCCUUACACAUUUUAGAGUGUGGUGACACUUUAAAUAAUGCAUUUCUUUGAUUAUUUCUUUACUAUUCAGUAGCUGCAUGCAGGAUCACAUUGCAGUUGAAAGUUAAAGCCUAAUUUUGAGUGAUCCUGAGUCAAGGGGAGGUGCUGGUGUUCAUUACAGCUACCAGACAGAGUUGCACAUCUCCACACAUCAUCCACCUCCCACACAGAAGAGGAGCUGCCCCCACUGUGCAAGCAGCUCCAGCCUCAGCCUUGUGGAAUGAGAUGCAGUCGCUCUCCUCAAACCUGCUGCUGGAAGAAACCUUUUUUUCUGUUGUUUCUCCCCCUUCUCAAACUAGGUCAGAUUUGACAUAAAGAAACAAUGAAAUAAAGAGAAAGUGUUGCACGUGGUCUGGGGACCUGUCCUAGGGAGUUUGCAGAGAGAUUUCCUUUUGCCUGUCUGAUACAACACCACACACGUGGCCCAGGGGGUGCCAGCAUUCCUCCUCCAUGGCAGCAGACAGCAGCCUGCACUCUUGGGCAGUUCACACAGAAUGGAGCUGGAGGUUUAAUGCUCAUCCAGCAGGAAAGGAAAUCCAGGACUCACCCACCUUGGGCAAAUGCUUAGUGUAGGAAACAAUUUUUGAAGCAAAUAUUCUGGUAUUGGCACAGUGGCACUCCUCUGGAAAGGAGGAUUAAUACUCCAUGUCUUAUUAAGAGCAUGAUUAGAUCAGAGCCUGAAAGUUAGGAAUUCUUGAGUAUGUUUUUUCUGAAAAUUGCCAUUUACUGUCAGCAUCUGUGUCUAAGGUAAUUAGGGAGACAUAAAGGAUCUUUAGAUUUACUGAUGUCUUUUGGAAGAUACUCUAAAGAUUACUGGGUGCUUACAUGUAACUUACUGCCUUUUGCUGGGACUUAAAUAUUUAUGUUUAUCUGAUUAGGUAGAUUUAAAAACAAACUUAGUAAUGCAAGUACAAACUGAAAAUGAGGACAUGAACUACAUCUCAGACACACAGGUGAGAGUUUCAUCAGCUUCAGGAGGAAGGACACAGGUUGCAGGGCUGCUUGCAGGAACAGACCCAUCCUUUACUCCCCAUUCCCAAAGCACCAUCUAUGCCAUACUUUUUCACAAUACAAUUAAUUAAUUAACACUUUAUAUCACUACUGAUUUUAUUUAAACACCCAGUAAACAGAUUUUUUCUUUUUCAUUAUAGUUUCCUUGAAAUAAGCAACCAGACUACACUAGUUUGGUUUAGAGCUGAGCCAAAAUACCGUAGUUUGACUGUGAAUUACAGUCUUCUAACAGUUUAUUUGCCUAAAGAACUAAUCUUCCCCAAAGAAGAAUGGCUUCCAACAGGAAAGAGAGUCUGUAUUAGUACAGGCUGUAAAACACAAUUGUCUGAUUAUAACUAUAACUGUAAAAUACAGAUGUCUGAUUGCAUCUAAGAAAUUCACGUGUUUUUUAAUUUAAAAAAAUUAAAUUUACAGUGGUGCCAUGAGCAUGGUUUCUGCUGAUUUGCUAGGAGAAGGCUGUGAGCAAAGAGCCACCUUAAAGUGCUGGAGUUAGCUCUGAAAUCUCACCUGCCAGAAAGGAACAGGGCUAGCCUGUACCUGGCCUAGAGGAUUCAGGAGUGAAGGUGAUGACAGCUAAAUUAUUACAAAAGGCUUCCUCCCAAGAAUCACCAUCUUUGGCACCAUGAGAGGGAAGAAAACAACCGGCAUUUGUAAAGUAAUAGAAAUAAAUCUCAAACACCAGCAUUUGUGCAGCAAUUACAUGGAAUAUUUAUCACCACUGGAAUGAGUGGUGAUCUCUGACCUUCUAACAUUAUUUGCAAAUGAAUCCAUUAGUUACAACUCCUUUCUCUUAUCAGUACAUGAGCCAUAAAGCACUGCAGUCCUUAGUGUAGACGAGCAAGGAAAGAGGAGAUUAAUUGUGUUUGUAGUAACAAGUGAAAAAGGAAGUAAACUGGGGGCAUGCAAUGAGAUAGUUGUUAAAUUUAGUCCUUUAGAAUGCAAUUGCUACAGCAAGCCAAAAUAUUACUCUGCAGCUUGACUUGGACUGGUGCAAAGGUUUGAGUUUAAAAGCAGAUUUUUAUAGUUAAGCCAAUACUGGCUUCUGGACUGCUUUUGUUUUUAGCAUAUUUAAGAUGCAUCUACAAAGCCAACUUACAAAUUAAUAAAUCUUUCCUUUAAUUCAGUCUGCCAAGAACAAAGAUAGAACACUGACUACUGCAGGAGCCAUGCUAGUGAUGUAAACCAAAGGACUGGGGAUUAAACAAGGAUUACUGAGCACUAAA